UUGCCCAUUUAAAGCUACCAUUUUUACUUUUUCCAAAACGACAUUUUCCUUUUCUACCUCCUAUCUAUUUUUCACUUUCUCUUCGAUUUUUCUAGAAUUUUCUCUUAACCUUGAUUUUUUGGGCUAACUUUAUAUUCUCGCGGAAUGAUUGAAUCAAUUUUUUAAUAAUUAAUUCGCUUUUUACCAAAAAAUUGCCAAAGAUUGAUUAUCGAUUGAUAUUUCAUCGUUUGUCCCUUUUAUUGAUUCGUGCUAUGCUAAUUUUCUCUCUUGACUUGAUUUUAUUCACAUUUUUUAGACAAUCUACUCGAAGCUUACUUCUAAUUUCCUUUCUUCUUAAUAUAAAGAUGGCCUGUUUACAAAAACUUCGAGAAGAUAUUGCCUUGCUUGAACGAUUGUUUCCCAAAACAUAUGAACGCUUUCAGAUUGUUUCCGCUUCAAUUGACGAACUUGAGGUUAAUUUCGUUGGGACAGAUGGGAAGUCUAUUCAGAUUUGUGCUAAUAUUCAGCCUCCAAUUUGGUUCAGCGAAUCUGACGAUGCUAUAGUCACUGCUUUACUUGAACAGCUCACUCAAAGUCAAGAUGGCACAGGUAUUCUGGCACACUUGCAUAUGUUGGUUCUCAGGCUUUGUACUGCACAUAGACUGACAGUGCAGACAGAACUUGAAGCGAUUGCUCCGAGCGAAGGGAAUGGAAGCGAAUUGGAAAACACUGUGGAUGAUGAUGAGGAGGAUGAUUUGAUGUGCGAAAUGGAGAAUGUUGGGGCUGCACGUGUUGAGCAUUCUGAAGAUGGACUGGUUCCACCUGCUGGUUUAGCCGUUAUUACUCGUGUUUCUCACGUUCAACGUCAGCAGCACCUUAAAUGCGCUCCAGCUGGUUCUGUAACAGCGUCAGAUCGUCUUAUGAAAGAGCUUAAGCAGAUAUAUAGCAGUGAUAACUAUAAAAAUGGCGUUUUCUCAAUCGAAUUGGAAAAGGAAAAUUUGUAUGAAUGGAAUGUCAAAUUGAAGAAAUUUGAUGAAGAUAGCAAUCUUGCAACAGACUUGAGACAAUUGGCUAAGCCUCCACAUAACAAGGACGGACUGCUUUUUCAAUUUAUUUUCGGGGCUUCUUUUCCGUUUGAGCCUUCUUUUGUUCGUCUUGUUUCUCCAGUUGUUACAAACGUUAUGGUCUCCAAUAAAUACAAACAUAUUUUUAAAAAAUCUAUGGAAAUAAACAGCAAAACCGGACUUAGCGGCAAAAGUCUACAUAACGAGCUAUUGCGUCUCUAUGGUAUAGACGCUCCGCAUCUUUCUACGAUGCAACGAUGGUUUCGCUCCUCUAAAAAAGUUAAACAUGAACCGCCUACACAAACAGCUGAUACUUCUGCGCCCAAUACACCAUCUCCUGAUACGCUAGCUGCUGAACGCAAAUUGCUCCAAACAUUAGCCGAUACCGUGAUUGCACUACUAGAGCAGAAUACGGCUGUUACUCGACGCCUCAAUCAUAUUGAAAAUUGGCUUGGAUCUCACAAAUUUCUAUGUAGACGUUAAAUUUGUGUAAUUUUGGAAAAAAUUUGAGUUAAAAAAUGAAGAGAAUUUUUGAAUUAAAAUAUAAAUUUUUACUUAAAUUUACAUAUUAAUUAAAUUUUUUAAUUACAUUUUUACCACAUCAGAGGUGGAUCGGAAUUCCUUUUUUUCCUUCCGAUUUCCGAAACAAUUUCAUUUUCUACGCUCUUCCGAUUUCCGACACCUCCUACUGUUCCGACCCACCUCCAAUCACCACAAAUGCGAUAUGGUUUUAUGUUAAUAUUUUUUAAUUUUAUUUUAAAUUACUUUUUCUAUUCCUUUUUAUUUUACGC